UGUGGAACUGAUGUUAAUUCAUACACUUCCAGACAAAACAAAAACUAAAAAGAGUUCUUCUUUUUUGUUCAUAAACGCAAGUCGAUGUCAGAUUCGGAAGUAGCGAUGUCAGAUGAUUUACCAGAGUGGACUAUCAUGGAAAUACCAGCGUAUUUAAAAUACGUGCCUGGUACUGAGCCUGAGGAUGUGUAUAUUCCUUAUAUAAGACGUGGUGAAAACGAAGAGCCUAAUCUCUCGCCUAAAGAAGAGGAACGCAUCAUCAAGGAACAAGUCAUCGAGAGCGAGGGUUUCGACAUUGACUUCAAGCAGUUCCGCUGUCUUUUUAAUUACCGACCUCUUAAUUUCGAUGAUAACAAUGAGUACGUCAUGGAACCCGAAACCACGAGAGAGUUAAUGAACCGGCUGUCUCGGGAAUCUCUUGAGAGAUACAAUGAAAAGAAGGAUACAAAAUAUGAAUUUGUCGAGGCUAUCAAAGCCAAUUUUUACGCGACUGGUGCUGCUUCGGUAAUGUAUUUCAUUACCUUUGAAGGUAUGGAUCCUUCUAAUGGUCAGCCAAAACAUUUCCGAGCUAGAGUCUGCUAUUAUUAUCACUGUCCGCCCUUGUACAUCUCAUGCUAUCCCACACCUGAGAAAAAAGUGAUCAAUCCAUUGAAAUUACAGUGAAAGAAGGUGUCAAGAAAUCAAGACUGAUAGAGGAGCUAUCGAAUGUCUAAAACUGGGUGGUGCUGAGGCAAGCACUGUUGUGAUAAUUGACCGAGUCUCAUCAUAUAUCCGAGACAUGUACUAAUUUUAUUGUUUGCCUUGUUCGCUUCCUCUCUUUAGAUCUGUUUGUUGUUCAAACUUUUAACUAGAGUUCAGAUUCUAUGUGUUUCACAAACUUUCAUUAAAGAAAACUUUUAACUA